GUGCACGUCCUUCGAUGCCCAAAAGCACAACGCCGACCCAACCCGACCUCAGGGACGACGGCACGUGCAGACCAGCGGUGCGUCCAGCACCCACUGUGGAGAACAUCACACGAGGAGUGUCAAACAUGAGGGCACACAGCGAUGGCGGCGACGACGAUGGUGGUGGCGGUGAUGAUGCCGACGAACGAUUCAGGGAGGACGUGGAAGCAGGGGAAGACAACGACGACAUUCCUAUUCGGCCUUUGGGGAAGACAGGUGGGAGGGGGAGAGGACGCAACAAAGGUGUUGUUCGUGGUCGAUCCGUUGGCCGUGGGGGCAGAGGUGGCGUCAGCGAUAACGGCGGGAAGUUUGCGACGUACUGGUCCGCGGAAGAGCAAAUGCAACUGGUGAGAUGCAAGCGGGAGCGAGGAGCGGGUGCUGGGGAGUCUGUUGGUAGUGAGGCCGCUGGUGAAGGCUUCCCUGAAGAACGUUCUUCUACGAGGGACUCCGACAACAACGCAGCCAGCGGUGCUGGAGGCGGGAAGCGGAAGAAUGUGCGUCAACAGGCAUUGGAUUCGAUUGCUGAUGUCAUGGACCGCCAUGGCGAACUAAUGUCGUCGACGAUCGAAUCGUCUAGCAAGCGGCAAUGCAGCAUAUUCACGAGGCAAUGCGACAUACUCGAGCAGGAAGUUGCAGUCCAGAAAGCGCACUACGCGGCGUCCGAUGAGACGCAGAGGAUGAUGUGCCACGCGCUUAUGGAGAUCGUUGCCGCCAUCCGUGUCUUUUCGCCGCGGAGUACUCUUGCCGGGGUCGUCGUCCUUCUGUCUACCACGUGCACGUCGUCGUCUUCUUCCCGCGGAGGACAGAUCUUCUGCGUCGCGGGGGUAUCCGUCGUCGUCACGUCUUCUUCCCGCGGAGGACAGAUCUUCUGUUUACCACGUGCACGUCGUCGUCGUCACGCCACAGCAGCACGGGAGACAUGCUUCCGGGAGACAUAUUUCUCGCCAGGUCGGCCACACUUCCCGCUCAUCCGAUCACACUGCCAAGCUUGCCUGCAGAGGUCGCCACGAAACAUGUCUACGCGAGGGAACACCCGUGGGAAGAAGCGCGACGUAGUCCCUGACGAUAGCCAAGGGCAGGGAAGAGGUCGGCGGCAGGCCCCGAAAGCGAAGAGGGUGCGUUCGGAAGAUGCGUCAGCAAGGGUGCCUCUUCGUGGAGCGCAAGGUUGGGCGGCAGCAGCGGAAGGGGACUACGACGAAGAGUUCAGGACAGAGGAGGAGCAGGCAGAGGCGACCACGUCUGAAGUACGGAAGAGCGGUCGGCAGCGCUCUUCUGAUCACACCGCUUCGAAGAGGAUGUUGACCCCUCCACCCGAGGCGCAGCAGCUGCGUGGCUGCGAAAUGCGGACAGAGAAGGUUGUCGUCGUCGAUCUUGGUGGCGAGGAUGUCAAGCCCUUGGAUAGACGCCAGUCUCGGGUAGGCUGCCCGCCACGCCGUCUCAGCCACGUCAGCGCAACGAGGGUGGUGAUGGAGGGUCCGUCCAACGCGGCGCCGGAGGGGAAGUCGUGGCAGACGCGCGCAGUUGGGGCCGAGGCGGCAGGUGCUGCAGGGGCGGGUGGUUCAGGCACUGUGGCCCCCGUUGCGACGGCGAGGGAGGAGGCAGCAGUUGUGGCGACGACGAGAGAGGAGGCGCGUGGCGAGAAGAAAGGCGAUCGGGAGGCCGGCGAGCCCGAUUCAAGCCGGGUAAGUAGGGGAGUGAUGACAAAAGACCUCAUCGAUCGUGUCGUCCUUUGGGUCGAUGACAAAGCUUUCAGGACAAUGGGGGAGGGGCAAAGACUGUACAACAUCGUUCACGAUACGAGAGAGUACUUCGUCGCCAUCGCCAGCGGAUUUCCACCGCCUGCCGUCCCUCGGAGCGUUGUACUGCCCAAAUCCAACAUGCUCGUAGGCAGGAUCGUCGACCAAUCACAGCUGCAGCAAGCGAUCUCCCGUGCGGCGGCAGUGGAGAACGUUGUUCUGCGCAUCUUACACGGUUGGGUAUUCAAGUCCAGGAACCGCCCAAGGGGAUACCAUGUGGCUUUCCAGUACUCGCUGGAAUCCUUUGCCACGGACAUUGCGCGUGCUAUGUGGUACGGCGAGGAGUGGUGCGACGUCGUCAGUCCGGCGGUUUGCGUGCACACGAUAGAUCUGUCCAUGGACCUGCCACUGUGGUUCGCGGACUCCAACAUCGAGGAAAGACCGGACGACGACGACAUGGCGGCGCACCAGGAGUCCACCGUCAUCUGCGUCGCGCAUGCAUUCCGCGCGGCGGUGCAAAUGGGGGCGCUCAUCGACGGCGAGUUCAUCUCGCACGAUCAUCUUUGUCGGGUGGCUGACUGCUUCAGGCUGUUGUUGGCGGCGUUCAUGUGGAUAAUCCGCAUGGUGGGAGACGAUUCGUGCAGCCACUACGAGGCUUUCUACUUCGCGAACCUCGUGGCGAAGCCCACACUCGUCGCGGCCAUGCAUCGCUCCUUCGAUCAUCGACGAUCCGUCGUCCGCGCCGCGAAAGCCGUCACAGAGAGGCUCGGGAAGGCGAACGCUACAUUCGGAGAGUACCCGGACUACAUCCCUCAAUGGGCACCCUGCGGCAUUGGUUGCAGGCACGACGCGAGCAGAACGAGGCCGGAGGAUGCAAAGAAGCUAGAUUGCACGGACGUAGGCAGGAUCGUCGACCAAUCACAGCUGCAGCAAGCUAUCUCCCGUGCGGCGGCAGUGGAGAACGUUGCUCUGCGCAUCUUGCAUGGUUGGGUAUUCAAGUCCGGGAACCGCCCAAGGGGAUACCAUGUGGCUUUUCAGUACUCACUGGAAUCCUUUGCCACGGACAUUGCGCGUGCUAUGUGGUAAAGUGAGGAGUGGUGCGACGUCCGAGUCGUCAGUCCGGCGGUUUGCGUGCACACGAUAGAUCUGUCAAUGGACCUGCCACUGUGGUUUGCCGGCGCCAACAUC